AUGCUGUACCCCGCCCAAACGAUCGAUGGCUUGGUGAGUCUUGCGGGUGGCCGCCAGGAGCUGCAGAAGCUCCUCGCAAACAUUGAUGGCGCCAUCAAGUGUCCCACUGGAAGCGCUGUGUUCACAAAAGCUCCGGUGCACACAGCCACGCCAUUUUACUUGGCACAUGACUGGGAAAGCAAGCUCGUAUCGUACUACAAUCAAAGUUUGUAUGUCACUACCGCCUCUGGUCCGUUCUCGAUGAUUGCAGUGUCUUUGCUUGGUUCUGGAUGCAAAGGUAUUCCGGUUGCUGAUGCAGUCCGCCUCGCCUGCAUAGCCUGUCGCGCCUGGGAUGCAGACGCCACUCCAUCCAUCCCAUCACUCCACGUUAUCUUUGGCAUUCAAGACCCAUCUAUCGAGACCCAGUUCCAAGCCGAAUUUGCCCGAAACCAACGCAAUAAACCAGCGGUCCAAUGA